AUGAACUGGGAUACAAAUUCACAACCUAUUAACUUGUUUAAUCAAGACAAUAAUGAUGAUGGUGAUGACAAUGGAUUCAAUCCUCUUCCAGUUCAGGAUGAUAGUUUUUGUGACAAUAUUCAUGAAGAUAUAAACUUGGACCCAGUGUCAGAAGCUGUAAAUAAUAAUAUUGGAUCUGAUAAUCUGUUGGCUAAUAUUCCCGUUACCGAAAAUACUACCGCUACUAAUACUAAUACUACUACUACUACAGCAGAUGGUGAAUUAUUUGUAUCCUGUUUAAAAAAUAUGCUGGAUAAACAGUAUGAACAUUUUGGAAAAUUAAAUGAUCAUCUGUUGGGUAUGUGGGCAGGACCUGAACAUUGGCGUAAAAAAGCUAAAAGACCGAAGUUGGAUGGUACAGUUAAAUUAAAUGAAGACAACCCUGAGAAAAAUUUUGAACAUGGACUAGGUGAAAGUGAAACGGGGAUUGUUGACAAGGUAAUAAACAGUCGAAAGAUGACCAAGUCGAAAAGAGAUAAAGCGCAAAGAAUCUCUUAUGCUGAAACGAUUAAACCGAGCGAGAAUCGAACAAGGAGUGGUAGAUUGUCCAGACGAGAUUGGCUCAAAAAUGUCCUAUCAUCUGGUGUAGAAAACAGUGCUGCAUCCAACUCUACGAUAUUUAAGGAAACCUACAGGCAGAAAGCCAAUCGUCAAAUGAACAUGCUCCCUUCAGAAUGGUCUGAUUCUCGGCAAACUUUAUAUCAACUUGUUAAUCGAGAUGUAAUUCUGCGUCCGAAUAUUCUCCCUGAUGGUAGAAAUCUCACAAACUGUAAUAACAUUACAAGUGAGAACGCAGACUAUAUGGUUGGAACUAAUGAAUUAUGUGCAGUUCUAACUGUUGGUAGCUCAGAACGACCUGUUGACAAUGAGUAUGAAGAUGCUGAUGGCGGACUCGACCAGUUGAGGAACCAUCAAGAUGACGACGACGAUGAUGACGCAAUAAUCCCAUUCGAAUGUGCCUUUACACAAAACGCUGGGUAUAAUGAUGGUGAAUUGACUGAUAUAGAAUUAAUUUCACAACCAAAUAAAGUGGCUCGCAUUGAAAUUGGUUACGCUCGAACUGCGAAAAUGAUUAACGUUCAACGGUUAAAAUGUGCUAUGUGGGGAUUCCUCGAACAUACAGUUCCUCACGUUGGUUUAAAUAUUCCAUCUCAGUCACCAUUAUCUGUUGCUUCUACAGCCUCAGCUCCUGAUACUAAUAGUUUAGUGGACGAUCCAACAUCACUCAAUGUAAACGAAAACCAAAAACAAUACCCGAUGAACGAGGACGUUAUUGAGUCAGACAGUGGAAGAACAUCAUGUCUACCUAAAGUUCACGGUGCUCGAGGUUUCUCAGAAGUUAUUGACAACUUAUCAGGUCGUAUAAGUUGGCAAAUGGCUAAAGAACUUAGUAUAUCAAUUGCUUUAAAUUGUCUUUUGCAUUUGUCUAAUGAGAAACAAUUAUAUCUAGAAAAUGUGGACAGUUUUUCAGAUAUAUACAUCUCUCAAGGUUUGCCUUCAUUUGAAUUGAAACAUCUUGAGACUUACACUAAUAUAUGUGAUAAUAACGCUAUUCAUCAUGGCGAUAUAAUAUCUGGUAAUAAACCAAAGUUGAACAAUCAAAAACGUAAUAAAACUCGACAUAUACGUCCGUCUACACUGGAUUCAUGGCUUAUCGAAAAUGAUUAA